AUGUCGGAAGAACGCAGCAAGAUAUCGCUUCGCAGCGGGAAGAAGCGCAGACCAUCUCGCCCAACCAUCAGCGCUCCCAGGCAGAUAUCAAAUCCUAUACCACAGGACACCUCCCUCGGCGGCGCGCCACCACUGAUCCCCGAGGCAGUCCCUAGACCGCGGCUUCGGCCGCCGCCCAUGGCAGGUGGAAAGACGUCCGAUCUGGUCAAACAACGAUACUCUACCCGCUUCAAUAACUUGCCCACUGACUUCGACCCUUCGGUCCCUCCAAUCCCGGCAUUACCUUCGGUUGCUGCUCAUUAUGACAGAAGGGAACCUCAGAGACCCCCGCCGUCACGCGGAGGUGCAGCCCCAGCAAUCGACAUCACGGCCCUUCGAGACCCCAACCUCGUCCCUGAUCAGUACGUUUCAGCCGUGUUGGGAGACGCCACCGACGACCAGAUCCGUGACUUUGAAGCCUCUCUUCGAAAGCUCAAGGGCCGCGCUGCCACAGAUUUGCAGCAGAACCUCCUGCAGAACCGUACCCAGUUUAUCAAAAUCAGUAAGGAGGCCGAGAAGCUGAAGGGGGAAAUGAGGGCGCUGCGGAACUUGAUGGCAGAGCUCAAGACCAACACAACUGCCCUGAGAGCCGCCUCCAUCAAGAGUGACGAGCCGGCCACCAUACCUGGCGGCGCCCCCUCAGGCUUGAGCAAGCGGGACAAGCGAAGCUCCGUUGCCGAUAGAAGCGCGUUGUGGAAUUCGCAAAUGCAGGCCUUGUAUAAGAACGUCGAGGGCUCUCAAAAGUUUCUGCCCAAUGCUGUCGGUCGUCAUGUUGUACAGAAUGCCGGCUCUUGGGUCGAGCUGGACAACGCCACGUACAAAUCUCGACGGGCCAUGCAAAUCUUCCUCCUCAACGACCAUCUUCUCAUCGCGUCGCGCAAGAAGAGAAAAGUUGACGCGCCCGCCGAUGCUCGUGGCCCAAUGAUCAAAUUGGUGGCUGACCGCUGCUGGUCCCUUCUGGACAUUGAAGUCGUAGACAUGCCCGGGACGGCCGAAUCGUCUGGGGGCAGGAACAAGCUUGCCGAUGCCAUCAUGAUUCGGGGUGGUGGCCAAGAGUCUUUCAUCUAUCGGACCGAGAAGCACGAAGGUGACGAGAAGAAGACUUUGCUCCUGAAUGUGCGAAAGGCGGUGGAAGAACUGCGCAAGGGCCUGCAGUCCGAGAUGGAAGCCAACAACAAGGCGAGGGAGACGAUUAACUAUUUUGCAUCCAGAGAUCCCGGACUUUUGCAGAAGACGGAGCUCCUGGAGACGCUGUCAGACAUCAAGGACAUGCUCAUCGAAGUCGACGGCAAACAGCAGAAUCUUCGAUGGGUGGAGGGUCAGAUGGACGAGCUGGACAUUGAUAUUGCUCUACAGAAAUUCGAGCCUGCGGUUGCCCGCGUGGAAAAGCUCAAGAGCCUCGCCCGCGGCCUUCGGAGCAAUGCGGUUGCGCAAGACUUUAUCAACUUCAAGGUUGAGGAGCGAAGCGGCAGACUUGCUGCUCUCAUUAUUCGCGAGCUGGAGUCGGCGCACAAGUCUCAAGCGAAGACGAAGGAGAGAGUUGGCUGGCUGACUACGCUUGGCUUUGACGACAGAGCCCGUGAGGCUUUUCUCAUUGCCCGCACGGGGAUUAUCCGCAAGAGAGCCAGACAAUGCAUCUUCCAGGGCGACCUCCACCUGUACAUCUGGCAGUUAUCCUUUGUGUACUUCACCGUCAUCCACAACACUGUUCAGACGUUCCAGAGCUGCUUCCCUCUGCCAAUGAUGAGUGCCUGUGUGAGGUGGGCCAAGGAGGAGGUGGAGGCGUUCAAUGUGAUUCUGUCUCGGCAGCUGAGCAGCACGGAGCGAGGCGGACAAGUUUGGACGCAGUGUAUGGAUAGGGCCAAGGAGCAUGCGGCGAAGCUGUCGGCGGUUGGGCUGGACUUUAGGAACCUGGUAGGACAAGACGUGGGACCGCCUUCCAAGGGGGCUGUUGAGGCGGCGGGACCUCUGCCUGUCGGGCUGGGACUGGCUUAG